UUGAAUUACAAAACAAUAAACUCAAAUAUGAUGAUGCUUCCCAACAACAACAUAUUCUCUCUACUUCAGUUUUUCACUCUUUUAUAUCUCUUUACAGUUACUUUUUCUUCCACCGAGGAAACAACUUCCCUCCUGAAAUGGAAAUCAACUUUCAAGAACCAGAAUAAUUCCUUAUUGUCUUCAUGGAGAUCAAGUUCUAAUGCAUGCUGGGAUUGGUACGGAGUUAUAUGCUUUAAUGAUAGGGUAAACAGGUUAAAUAUUACAAAUUCUAGUGUCAUUGGUACCCUCUAUGAUUUUCCAUUUUCAUCCCUCCCUUUUCUUGAAUAUGUUGAUCUUAGCAUGAACAAUCUAUCCGGAACCAUUCCACCUGAGAUUGGUAAUCUCACUAAUCUUGUCUAUCUUGACUUGUCCAUCAAUCAGAUUUCAGGCACAAUCCCACCACAAAUCGGUUCACUAGCCAAGCUUGAGAUCCUCUACAUCUAUGACAACCAUUUAAAUGGUUCCAUUCCUAAAGAAAUAGGUUAUCUAAGGUCUCUUACUGAGCUAGAUUUGAGUAGCAAUUUUCUUAAUGGUUCUAUUCCUGCUUCAUUGGGGAAUUUGAACGACUUGUCCUAUUUGUAUCUUGAUAAGAAUAACCUUUCUGGCUCUAUUCCUGCAGAAAUAGGAAAACUUGUCAAUCUUAUUGAAGUUUAUCUUUCAAGAAACCAAUUAGCAGGUCAUAUCCCUCCGGAAAUAGGCAAGUUGACCAACGCAAGAGUGUUCUAUGCUCUCUUUAAUGAGUUGUUUGGUCCCAUUCCUACAGAAAUCGGGAAGAUGAAGUCACUUCAGUAUUUAAGCUUACAGAAGAACAAUCUUUCUGGUCUAAUUCCAAAAACUAUAGGUGACUUAACUGAGCUCAAACUUCUGCACCUUUGUGUUAAUCAACUCUCUGGCAAAAUUCCUAGUGAGUUGGGGAAUCUGAAAAACCUCAAUGUUCUGGAAUUAUCCAUUAAUAAACUCACCGGUCCAAUUCCAAUAACUAUAGGUGACGCAACUGAGCUCAAAGAUCUGAACCUUUAUGCUAAUCAACUCUUUGGUUCAAUUCCGUCUUCCUUUGGCAAUUUGAGAAACUUGCAAGUUCUGUCUCUCAGUUACAACAAUCUGAAUGAGGAAAUUCCUUCGUCUAUUUGCAAUUUGACAUCACUGGCAUACCUGUAUUUGAUGAAUAACAACUUGAAAGGAAAAAUUCCGCAAUGUUUGGGUAAUAUCAGUUCCCUCAAGUAUGUGAUAAUGCCACAUAAUAAUCUCAGUGGAGAGCUCCCUUCGUCUAUUUGCAAUUUGACAUCUCUAGAAAUUCUAAAUUUGGGUAGAAACAAUCUAAAGGGAGCAAUUCCGCAAUGUUUUGGCAACAUGAGUGGUCAUCUUCAGGUUGUUGAUAUGCAGCACAACAGUCUUUCUGGUACUCUUCCAAUGACUUUUAGAACUGGAACACUUGGAAGCUUCAACUUGCAUGGCAACAAACUAAAGGGGAAAAUUCCCCAAACUUUGGCCAAUUGCAAAGAGUUGCUAGUUCUUGAUUUAGGAGCUAAUGACCUCAACGACGUCUUCCCGAUGUGGUUGGGAACUCUUCCUAAGUUGAGAGUUUUAAGCUUGAGAUCGAAUAAGUUGCAUGGAUCCAUUAGAACUUUAGGAAGUGAAAACAUGUUUCUUCAGCUUCGAAUGUUGGAUAUCUCUUCCAAUGCCUUCACGGAAAACCUACCAACAAGUUUGUUUCAACAUUUGAAAGCCAUGAGGAUAAUUGAUCCAUCAAUAGAAGCACCAAGCUAUGGAGAUUACCAAGACACGGUAGCUGUUGUAACAAAGGGAUUGGAGCUUGAAGUUGUGAAAAUCCUUUUUUUGUACACCACUAUCGAUCUUUCAAACAACAAAUUUGAAGGACAUAUUCCAAGUAUUAUGGGAGAUCUGAUUGCACUUUGCAUGCUGAAUUUAUCUCAUAAUGGAUUGCAAGGUCACAUACCGCCAUCACUUGGAAGUUUAUCUUCGGUUGAAUCAUUGGACCUGUCAAAUAACCAUCUUGUAGGAGAGAUACCAGCACAAUUUGCUUCUCUUACAUCGCUUGAAGUCUUCAAUCUUUCCUACAAUCAUCUGGAAGGGUGCAUUCCUCAAGGAACUCAACUUCAGACCUUUACGAGCAAUUCAUAUAAAGGCAAUGAUGGAUUACGUGGAUUACCUGUUUCAAAAAGUUGUGGCUAUGCUCAGAUAUUAGAUACAAAUGAUACCGUGUCUAGACUAGAUGAUGAAGAAAGCAAUUCUGAAUUUCUGAGUGAUUUUUGGAAAGGUGCUCUUAUGGGCUAUGGAAGUGGACUAUGUAUUGGAUUAUCCAUAUUAUAUUUCAUGAUUUCAACUGGAAAACCAAUAUGGCUUGCAAGAAUCAUUGUAGAGCUGGAGCACAAAAUGAUGAUGGGAAGGAGAAAGAAGCAGCGAAGGCAAAGGAAUCAGAAGAAGAAAUAAUCAGUUUUUGGACCAUUUUGUAGGCUUUUAAGCAAUAAUAUAUUACUGUUAUUUCUUUUUAAGAAAAAGAUGUAUUAAAGAAGAAAUAUAGUCUUACUUACAUUAACAUCAAGAGGAUUAAAGACAGCGCCUGUCUCAUCUGCUACACAUGGAAGUUAUUGGAAUAUAUCUAACUUCUCCAUCCACAAUGAAUUUGUAAUGAUAUAUACCCAACGGAAGAACCAAGAGACUGGUAUAGUCCUUGCCUGAUCUUUGUAGAAAACAUUUUGUUUCAACAGAGGUACGAUUUGA